UUUUCCGGCACACGAGCUGAUGACUCCGAAGCUUUAAAGGAGGCCGCUAUUGUGCAACCAACUGCCAUUGUUAAUCCCUUUGUGACACAAAAUGUAUACGGCUUUGCUGAUUUCACAACAACUAUUGGCAACACCGUCAUGAUCUUUUCACCUUCUUCAAUUCCAGCUGUGCCUGAACCAGUAAAAGAAGAAACAACAACAAAAGCGGCGAUUGAAACUAAACCAAUAACAGAUGCGCCAAAACAAGAAGUUAUUGAUAUUCAACCGACAAAACCAGUCUCUGAGCAAACAUCAGAACAAAAGGCGCCUGUAGUUUCAAGCAGUGCUAUUGAAGUUAUUUCACAAGAGCCAAUUCCAACACCAGCAACAAAGAAACCGAAGAAGAAGAAAAAUAAAACACCAUCAACACCGAAUCCAAUGCCAUUAACAGUUCAAGCAAUCACUGCCAUAACGCCUGAACCACCAAAAGUUGUACUUUCAUCAAAAGUUGAGGUUGUAGAAGAUAAGAAAGAAAACAAGUUCAUUGUCGAACCUGAGAAGACAAUUGAAAGUGAACCAGUGGUUUCAAGUAUCGUUGAAGUUUCCGACAAUGAUGAAGAGUCAGAAGUUGUUCUCCAAGAAGGCAACGCAAUUAUUGAGCCCGAAUAUGACUUUCUCAGUCGACAACCAACGGAAUUUGUUGAAGAAACUUAUCGUGUUGUAAACUUGAAGCCAUCUGUGUUGAAGAAACCAAAAAUAGUUUCAAAAACUUCUGCUAGAAAUAACGAUCAGAAUCAUCCAACAGGUCUUGUAACAAAAUCUGGUGGAACAAUUGUAAACGGAGGAUUAACGACUGUCCAUGAAACGAGUGUUAUUGGCACAUAUAUCUCGGGAAAAUAUGCACAAGUUCUUCAAAGCACAUCACAAAUAUUCCCAGGAAAUGCAAAGGCCAAAAUUCAGCCAAGUUCAACACUUCGCAUUCUUAAAACUGCUGCACCAUCAUUCAAUAAGACUCCAAAAUAUACGUCGAAUGAAGAUGAUUAUCAAGCAGAAAGUUAUUCAAGUCAUCCACGAACAACAAAACGACCUGCAGCAAACGGAUACAAAAAUCGCUAUCGCAAUCGUGAAGAACCAACUGAAGAAGUAACUUCUGCGCCAUCUGCACCAGUUAAUCCUUAUACAAGUGGAAAAAAAUCCAUUUCUGGUAGACGUAAUGGAAGCGGAAAGAAUAAAAAUUUACGGCAACAAAAUCGAGCUCAGGAAGUUGCAACCGUGUCAGCAGAACCAGCUGGAUCUUAUAGUAGUCGUCGUAAUAAAUCGACAAGACCAGGCUUCAAACCAUCGACAGUCAACGCACAACAGGUGAUUGCGACAUCUGAGCCAAACUUUAGCCGACGCACGUAUAAGCAGAAAAUUUCUCCUUCAAAUGUCGAACAACAAGAACAACAAUCAACAUCAUUAUACAAGUUCAAAUUGAACCGAACACCAGGACGUUGGCAAUAUAAAACUACACCAAAACCGCGUGUGACGAUCAGAAAACACGGAAGCUCGACAAAUGAAAUUGCAAAGGAGUCACUUGAACAGCUUGCAGCGACGCCUCCAACUGACGCUAACGGUAAUGACAUUCUUCAAUCACGUGUUGAUUUAGAUGUUGAUCUUGAUGGUUCGGGAUCUGUAAAUGGUGAUGUUUUAGAUGAUGAAGCAACUGGUGCUGGUGACAAUAAACUCGAACGUAAACUUCCCAUUGAAACAAUUAAAGUGGAAAUUUCAACGCCAGCUGACUUUAGUGACACAUACUACGAAAUUGCCACCAUCAAAAGCCCUUACACAUUCCAAGUUGGAGCUAAUAAAAAUACUCGUUACAUCACAGUCACUUCAACCUUUGAGAAAACACUCGACCCGGAACCCACAUCAACAGCUAUUUUAACUGAACCUUUGACAGAAAAUAUUUUAGCAACAACAUCGCAUUUAGACAAGGAACAUAAUCUUCUCGAUUCAUCAAUUGCAACACUGCCACCAAUUUCUCUUGGUGAAGAUCAGGCAACACCACCACUUGAGACUUUGACUGAAACCUUCAGUACAACUCAAGUGAUGUUGAAGACGCACAUUCUUCCGGUGAUUCGUGCUGCUGGAAACACAACAAGUUACCCACUUAUUCAAACUUAUCAUGUUACUCGUCUCGUGACAGCCACGAAAACUUUGCCACCCAUGGAAGUUUAUCAUUUCGUUCCAUCACGAACUUUAAAUGAAUUCAACACAAAACUUGAUGAAGCUGGUUCGGAACUUCAUCUUGAAUUAGAGUUCGGUGAUGAGAAUGAACAUGAUGAAGAAGAUGAACCAAGACGUGUUGCACUGCCCGAUGAUUUGAAUUUGGAAAAUAUUGGAUCUGAUUUUGAUAUAUCAGAAGUUGAUCGUUCUAAAAUUCCAAACACGACGAGAAGACCAAAACCAAAACCUACAACAGAAAAACCUAAAGAAGCUAAUCCAUUGGGAUUGACACCAGAUCAAUUAGCUUUAUUGAGAUUAUUGAACCCUGGGGCAAUACCAAAUGUCAUUACAACUUCCAAGCCUGUAGUGAAAGUCGAGACUGUUUAUGAAUCUCACGUGCUGCCGAUUGUGAAUGGUGCAAGUACCAUUUUCAGCACUAUCUCAAGACCUAUCGCUACCGUGACGAAAACAAAUUAUGAAAUUGGCACAUCAAUCUUAGCACCCGUGACACCACCACCAAUUAAUCCGCUUCUUCUGCAACAACAACCACAACAGCAGUUCCAAAUCCAAUCAACGCCAGUUGUUCAGCAGCAAAUUGUUACGCAAACAGACUCGAAGGUGCUUAAAUUGACAUUCGGUGCACGUACUGCAUACACGACAUUGUACAAUACAAGAGUGGUUCCAACAAUGGUCACAAGCUAUUUGACGCAAUCGAUACCACUUCAACCUUCAGCUUUCCCUGGUUACUUCCCAGCCCCUUAUCCACAAUUCCCAUUUGUCGGUUAA